AUGGUCUUUACUCGCGCUGCUUUAUCUGCUUUAGCUUUGGCUCUCUCUACUGUUAGUGCUCAUGUCACUUUGUCACCAAAGUAUGCGGAGCCUGGCCAAAACUUGAGCACAUCGUUCCAUGUUCCUCAUGGCUGUAACGGAUCUUCUACCACUAGUAUCUUUGUUACCAUUCCUAAAGAAAUUACUGCUCUUACUGCUCAAUCCGUCCCUAACUGGAACUUGACUACUACUUAUCGCGACAGUUCAAAUGCUUCUGUAGAAACAAUUACUUGGUUUGGUGGAAAACUUUCUCCUGAGGAUGCUCUUGAUUUCCCUUUAAGCUUGACUGUACCCAACGUUGAUUUAUCUGCUCAAUCCAAUGUUACAUUGUACUUUCCUAUUAUUCAGACAUGUGAGGUUGGAACUGCAAAUUGGACUAGCAUUCCCCCUGCAGUAUCUGGUGAGCCUGCCCCUACUCUUCUCAUUGUCAAGAACGCUACUCAAGCCGCUGCAGAUGCUAUUGCUAUGAAGGGCACCGCCACUGCUUCAGCUCAUGGGGCUUCUCCUACCAGUAGUAGCAGUACUACAAGUGCUGCCAAUAACCUCUAUGCUGGUAUGCUUCCCAUCGCUGCUGCUGCUGCUGCUGUUGCAGCCAUUGGUUUUUCCUUGUAA